AUGGCCUCACCAUCUACCACACGCUGCAUGCUCCUCGAACUUCCGCGCGAGAUGCGCGACAUAAUCUACAAAAAUGUCUUGGACACCUCGACGGAUGAGAACAUCGAUCUCUGCCACGAUGCAGCUCCGCCAUCGAAGGCGCUCUGCUGCGUCAACAAACAGAUUCAUGCAGAGACGCACAAGAUGCAUCAACAGGCGCAUCGAACGUUUUGGCGCAACAACAACUUCGUGAUCCCACUCUCGACAGCCGCGGAGUGCAUGACCGCAUGGUCAUUCAACUGCGCCGAAGAAGCCAACAUCAACAACAUCUCCAACCUCCAGAUCAAGUUCCGAAGCGUUCAUACGCCCACCAUGCAGAUUUUGCACCUAUGUCCCGGCGGAUCGAGUUGGGGCUGGGAAUGGGAGAAAGAAGACAAUCAAGUCCACCUGGUGAUCGGUUUUAAGCCAAUCGCUGGAGGAAUGCAUAUCGGCAUCUCACAAKUGAUGCCAACUGGACCUCGCGAGGAUGUGUAUUCAGCUGCCGAGGCUACCAUUCGACUGCAAGAUGGAAUCCACCCUGCGCCUCCUUUGAUCGAUCAGCUUAAGGUGCUGUCUGAAUUCGCGGCCAGGCAACUACCGUGGUAUGACGAGGAGAACUGGAGCAGGGUAUAUUCCGAGGGGACGAAGCACCACAGCGGCCUGGUUUCUUUGAGCGGCUAG